GAACCAGAACCACGGUUACGUAACAUCGUCUGUGGGCAAACAAACGAGGCGGGUCGGGCGUGCCAGGCUAUUUAAGAAAUAUGACACGAUUCACUCUGCACACAUCCUCAACCUCUGCACAACCGAAAACUCUCCAAACCAAAGGACCCGUCAUGGCGAAGCUUCCCCAGGCGAUGGCGAUGAUCCGGUGUGUGUUUGACCAGUACUCACAAAAAAAGAAAACCCUGAGCAAACAGCAGGUGGCCGAACUUCUGCGCUCUGAGUUUGGACUGGAGCCCGGGAAAAAUGCACAAGCGGAGAAACUAUUCGAAACUCUGGACAACGAUGGGAGUGGAGCAGUGGAUUUUACGGAGUUUGUGUCUUUUGUGGCCGCUCUCUGUGUAGUGGAAAGUGAAAGUGAAUAAAAAUCUUAUCGUGACCAAAAUAAGACCAAUAAAAAUAAUGAGACAAUC